AUGUUCUUGGUGCAGCAGGUUCUGACAUCACUAUUGAGAGCUUUUGUAAAUAAAGAAUUCGUGCAAGAACAUUCAUCUACCACAAGAACUUUCAAUGUUGUAAAUUCAGUUGAAAUCAAAGGAUCAGAAAAAUAUUUAGUGCUGCAAGAAUUUGGAUCAAGAUAUGAAGCAGAAAUACUACAAAAUAAACGUAAAUUAGAUAAUUGUGAUUUACUAUGUUUUGUUUAUGAUUCAAAUGACGCUGAUUCAUUUUCAUAUAUUGUUGAAUUGAGACGAAACGAGAUUCAACCAGACGUUUAUUGUCGUAGUCUUGGACUGGCGCCACCAAUCAAUGUUUCAGUAAAGAAACAUUAUCAAGUAGCAGAUUUAUGGAAUUUAUUAGCAGGAGUGGCAAUAAAUCCAACAAUUGCUACACCAGGAUUAGCAGAUUCGGCACAUGCCUCAUCUCGUAUUAUCAAGAAAUAUUUAACAUUCACAGCUUUAAUGGGUGCUAUAAUGGGUGCCGCAUUUUUAGGUUAUCGAUUAAAAGAUAAUGAAGAUGAUGAUAUGGAAGGUGUUAGUAGCAGCAACAAUAAUGGCAGUUGUGGCAUUAUGAAUAAAAAUAAUUCAAAUAUAGAGAAUGAAUUAAAUUUUAUCAAUCUAACACAAAAUAGUGAUGGUGACGAUGAUGGAAAGGAAGAUAGCAAUGUUAAAGAUAUUCAAACAACGGCUACUGAAAUUGAAAAGGCUGCUGAUGCUAAAGCCAUUAAUAUUAAUCAAACCAUAUCGGAAACAAUUGAUGAAUCUCAAGAUAUAGCCCAUUUAAAUAAUGUAGUUGAAAAAUACCAAUUCACAAUAGACAAAAUAACAAGAGAAUUGGAUCAACUACAGCUAGAAAUGUACAAUGACAAGGAAGAGGAUGACAAUGAAGGGAAAAUAAACCAAGAAGAUAGUAUUGAUGAUGUUGUUGUUUUGGAGAAUAUAGUAGAAAAAGAUGAAGAGGAAAGACAAGAAAUUGUAAGUACCACCAGUAUCAUUAUGUCUACAAAGGAUGAUAAUGAUAGCAAUGAUGGUGAUGAUCUAAUGGACCUGACAAAUAAUUUAAAUGAAUCAACAAAUACCAGAUGUAAGUGCUGA